GGUCUACGACCGUUUCCACGUGCACGCGCAGAUGGAGCACCUGCAGACGAAGUACCACGGGACCGGCGGUGCCGACACGACCAAGUGGGAGUGGGCCACGAACAUCCACAGGGACACCAUGGCCUCCCACGUCGGCCACUACACGCGCCUGGCGUACUUCGCCCUGUGCGAGAACGAACCCGUGGCCCGCGUGCGGUUCAACUGCCUGCAGGCGAUGAUCCAGCCGUGCGGGAAGCCCCCGAAGGGCGCGGACGACAUGGAGGACUGAGCGCGCAGGCGCGGGCGCCAAGGUGCACGUCGCCCUCGGCCCGCUGCGGCGAGAGCCGAGGGACGGGAGGACAGUCGCGCAGGCAUGCAGGCCCCAGCGGGAGCACAAAACAAAGCAACAAAGCAAGCUUGUGGCGUCAGUCGUGGAACUAGUUGCAGCAGCCUAGUGCCCUGCAACAGUGCGGA